CUCCCUAAAAGCUCCGAUGGAGGAACCCAUUCUGGAGAAGAUGGAGAGGAGAGUAUCCACCAGGAGGCAAAGAAUAUGAGAAGCUCCAUCUAUUCAUCCAUUCAAAUCAUUUUGAGUUUGUCAAAUGGAGUAGCACACUUCCAGCCAAUAUAUCAAAAGACUGGAUGUGUCCAUGGCUGGCUUCACAAGCUUAAAGCUUUGGAGGGCAAAGUACUUGUGGCAUAUGUGAGGCACAUGAAGGCCCAACCAGUUGAAAUCAACGGUAGCAGUUAA